AUGCCCAAGAAAGGCAAUGAGCUACUUUUUACCAGCAUAGGCGCUAUUGCGCUCAACGCUCAUUCCAAAACCGUCAGCUACGUCACUCAAGAUGAAAUCUCGAGGUUUUUCCAGGUGGCUGUUCAGAAUGAGGGAGAACAAACGGCAGUGAUAAUCAAAGGCUCCGAAAACUGCCUUACCCUGCACCUUAGCAGCAAAGAGAGACCGCUCGUCAAGUUGGCAUAUGAUGGUGUGGUUCAACUGAAACGGGAUGAUGUCAUACAGGGUCUGGUCUUCCUACAAUACACGAAGAAUAACAAGACUAGUAUAUUUGUUCUUCUGAUUUCUGAUCCCUCUACGGUCACAGCCCUGGAAGAGUCGAUUCAAAAGAAGAACAAAUCAGCCAUAUUAUGGAGUCAAGCUUGUGAAGCCUAG